AUGGCCAACCUUAACACUGACAAGGCGAUAGCCAAGUCCACAAGCGCUGAGCUUAGCCCCGCCUCAAGCCACCUAGGGCCAGCAAAAGACAGGGGCAUCACCGAAGCAUCACCUGUGGAAGACGACACUGCAAUUGUCGAAGAAGAAGCCCAUGACGACCCCGAAAUCGCCCAGCUGCCACUUGUUGUGCGCCAGCUUGUGUCUCUCGAAGACGACCCCAAUCUUCCGACCAUAACGUUCCGUUACUUCGUUCUCUGCAUCCUGUUCAUCGUCCCUGGAGCCUUCCUAUCGCAGAUGAGCUAUUUUCGAACGACCCAGGCACCAUACUCCAUCUUCUUCGUGCAGAUCGCUUGUCACUACGUCGGGCAUUUCCUCGCCGACCGUCUCCCGGCAUGGCAAGUGAACCUACCGUUUGGCUAUGGCUUCAACCUCAACCCUGCACCAUGGAGCAUCAAAGAGCACGUUCUGGUCACAUUGACUGCGGCGUCUGGCGCAACGUACAAUCUUGGUUUUACCCCAAUUAGUAUGGCUGCUCUGUGGUAUGACACGAAGAUCCACCCCGCCGUGGCGAUCUUCUACAUGGUAGCAAUAGUCAUAUGCGGCUAUGCCAUCGCUGCGGUUGCUCGUUCAUUAUUGCUUUGGGAGCCUGAGUACAUAUGGCCUCAAGCUCUUAUGCAGACAACGCUGUUCGAGACCUUUCGCAAGCAGGAUCGCAACAGCAAACUGGCCAAGCGACAGAUGCACAUAUUCUUCCUCUGUCUGAUCGGCAUGACACUAUGGCAAUUUCUACCAGAAUAUGUCUUCCCAAUGACUUCUUCACUCGCAUUUCUGUGUUGGGUCGCGCCAAAGAACCCGGUCGCAAAUUUCAUUGGAUCUGGCCUUGGAGGUAUGGGCUUCAUGAAUCUUAGCCUCGAUUGGUCGAACAUCAACUGGAACGGCACAUCAAUUCUCAUUACACCCUUCUGGACACAGACCAUCCUGUUUCUUGCCUUUGUGUUCAACUGUUGGGUUCUUAUUCCAGCGGUCAAGUGGGGCAAUUUAGGCUCUUACAAACACGGCCUGAUGUCGAAUAGCUUGCUUCUAGCUAACGGAACAAAAUAUCCGACCCUCAAAAUCGUCAACAAGGACUUCAGCCUCAACGAGACAGCUUGGGAAGAAUACGGCCCCGCCUACAUGGGACUUCAGUUUGCCUGGGGUACAUUCUUCAACUACGCCAAGCUGCCUUCAGCUUUUGUCUGGAUGGCUACGUUCGGUGGUCCUGCGAUCCUGUCGACGCUGAGGAAGAACCUGGCUGCACGGAAAGCUCGAAGUGAAGCGAACAAGCAGCGAGCCUCUACUGGUAGUGGUGACAGCACUGCGGGUCCCAAUAUCCAUCAUCAGUACACUGACCGCCUGAAUGUCAUUCAACGCUCGUACAAGGAGGUGCCUGAGUGGUGGUUUGUCGCGCUAUUUCUCGCUGGCUUCGUCACCCUGCUCGCAAUCACAGCAUCUGGCCACCUUUUUAUUCCUUGGUGGACCGUAAUCAUUGGUGUUGCAACAGGCUUCAUAGUUGUCGUUCCCCUGGGCUACCUCUACGCCAUCUCGAAUUAUCAAGUUGCAAUAGGCGACUUCAACGAGCUCAUAUAUGGAUACAUGAUCCACACCGCUGCCGGAGCCGCUCACCACCACCCUUGUGGACCGUCAGUGUACGGGUCCAUAGCAGGUGACGCUUGGUAUCGCGCUCAGUACAUGCUCCAAGAUCAACGAAUAGGUCACUAUAUGCAUAUCCCGCCUCGAACUGUGUUCUUCAGCCAGAUUUUCGGAUGCAUCUUAGGAGUACCGAUCAACUACGGCGUGAUCCGGUGGGUCCUUGACACGAAAUUCGACUUUUUAUCUGGAGUGAAGUCAGACUCUCUGCAUCAGUGGACGGGUCAGCAUCUCGUGGGCUCCAAUACUCUCGGUGUGCAGUACGCUGUCAUUGGGCCAAAACGGAUGUUCGGUACCAGCGAGUUGCGAGUUCUACCGUAUGGGUUCCUCGUAGGCGCUGCAGCCCCGCUCGUCAUGUAUGCGCUGUACCGCGCAUUCCCAAAAUCGAAGCUCAAGUUCCACCUUUGGAACACCACAAUCUUCUUCUCCGGUGUGGCUGUAUUCUACGGCAACCUUUCAACAGGAUACUUCAGCGCGUGGCUCGGUGGUUUCAUUACAAUGUACUGGAUCUUCCGCCACCACUUCAAGAUCUGGAAGCGUUACAACUAUAUUGUUGCAGCGGCUUUCGAUGCAGCCUUCAAUUUGAAUAUGCUGCUGAUCUUCCUGUUCUUUGGAAGUGGAAAGCAAAUCAAGAUGCCCGCUUGGUGGGGUAAUAAUGCCGACAAUGCUGAGAGGUGUUUUGCGUUAGAUGAUUAA